GCAUAGCUUGGGAUGUGCAUGGCUUGGGGUGUUCAUAAACUAGGGUGUGUAUGGAUUGGGGUGCGUACAGCUUGGAGUACGCAUAAACUGGGGUGCCUGUAACCUGGGAUGUGCAAAGCUUAGGGUGUGCAUGGCUUAGGGUGUGCAUAAACUGCGGUGUGCAUAGACAGAGGUGUGCACAGUUUGGGGGACACAUAAAUAGGGGUGCUACUAGCCUGAGGUGUGCAUGGAAUGGGGUUGCACACAGAUUGGGGUGUGUACAGUUUGGGGUGUGCAAAGACUGGGAUGUGCAUAAACUGGGGUGUGCAUGGACUGGGGUGCCUUUAGCCUGGGUGUGCAUGGCUUGGGGUAUAUAUAGAUUGAGGUGCACACAGCUUGGGGGAUGCAUAAAUUGGGGUGCCUGUAACCUGGGAUGUGCAAAGCUCGGGGUGUGCAUGGCUUAGGGUGUGCAUAGGUUGGGGUGUCCACAGUUUGAGGCAAGCAUGGUCUGAGGUGUGCGCAGACUGGGGUGCACACAACUUGGAGUGUGCAUAGACUGGGGUGCCUGUAGCUUGGCUUGUGCAUGGUUUGGGGUGUGUAUAGAUUGGGGUGUGCAUAGACUGGGAAGCGCAUAGCUUGAGGUGCACAUAGUUUGGGGUGUACACAGUUUGAGGUGUGCAUGGACUGGUGUACUCAUAACUCGAUGUGUACUCAGCCCUGGGUGCCUGUACCCCAGGUGUGCACAGCCGUGGGUGUCACCAGCCUGGGGAGUGCCCAGCCAUGGGUGCACACAAAUUGAGGUGCACUCAGCUCGGGGUGCAUACAGUCGGAGUGAUGGUAGCCUGGGACAGCCAUGGGUGCUAGAAGGCCAGGAACUUGGGGUGCACACAACUCAGGGAGAGCUGAGCCGGAAUGCCAGUAGUCCUUGAAUUCGGGGUGCACACAAUUUGCACACAGACAGGGGUGACAGUAGCCCAGGAACUCAGGGAAGCACAGAACUAUGGGUGCAUGAAAUUUGGGAUCCAAACAGCUGGGGUGGUGGUAACCCAGGAACUCAGGGUGCACAGAAGUAGGGGUGUGUACAGGUUGGGAUGCAAAUAACUGGGGAACUUGUAGCACAGGAACUUGGGGUGCACAUAAUUCGGGGUGCACAGAGCCAGGGAUGCCAGUAGCCUGGGAACUCAGACUGCACAGAAUUCGGGGUGUACACAGCAGGGGUGCUGGUAACCUGGGAACUCAGGGUGCACAGGAUUCAGGGCGCACAGAACUCAUGGUGCACAGAGCUGGAAUGCCGGUAACCCAGGACCUCGGGAUGCACAGAACUCGGGGUGCAAACAGCCAGGAUGCUGGCAGCACAGGACCUUGGGGUGCACUGAACUCAGGGUGCAAAUAGCCUGGAUAGUGGUAGCCCAGGGCCUCAGGGUGCACAGAGCUGGGGAGCCAGUAGCCCAGGAGCUCGGGGUGCAAAGAACUCGGGGUGCAAAGAACUCAGGGUGCACAGGGCUGGGAUGCUGGUAGCCUGGGAACUCGGGGUGUGCACAGCCCGUGGUGCACACAAGUCUGGGUGCAGAGAACUAGGGGUGUAAGUAAUUUGGAGUGCAAGCAGCCGGGGUGCUGGUAGCCUGGGAACUCGGGGUGUGCACAGCCCGUGGUGCACACAAGUCUGGGUGCAGAGAACUAGGGGUGUAAGUAAUUUGGAAUGCAAGCAGCCGGGGUGCUGGUAGCCUGGGAACUCGGGGUGCGCACAACUCGGUGCACACAACUCGGGGUGCCCACAUCUGGGAUGCCUGUAGCCUGGGAACUUGGGGUGCACAGGGCUGGGAUGCCGGUAGCCUGGGAACUCGGGGUGCACAGAACUCGGGGUGCCGGGAGCUCGGGGAGGCUCAGGGGGUGCGGGGCUGCCCCGGGGCGGGCGCUGCCGGUGCCCCCGGCGGGAAGGAGGAGGGGGGAACGGCCCCGCCCCGCGUUUCCCAUUGGCGGAAAGUUCGGGGCGCGGCGCGGGGGGGCGGCCCCGCUGCCCCCGGUGCGGGCGGCGGAGCGGGCCGGGCCGGGCGGGCGCCCCGGGGCCAUGUGGGCGCUGCGGGCGCUGUGCCUGGCCGGGCUGGGCGCGGCGCUCGGCGGGGCCCCGGCCGAGCAGUGCGGCUGGAGGGGCAGCGGACUCUCGCAGGAGCCGGGCAGUGUGGAGCAGCUGUCCCUGCACUGCGCCGAGGGCUCGCUGGAAUGGUUGUACCCCAUGGGGGCCCUUCGCCUCCGCCUGGCCCCCCGCCUGCCCCCCACCGCCACCGCUAUCCAGGGAAGGAGCCCCCAGCACAUCACCGCCUGCGUUAAACCCACCGGCACCUUCCGGGGGGCUCAGCUCUACCUGGAGAAGGAGGGAGACCUGGAGCUGCUGCUGCCGGAGGCGCCCCGACCCCGCGUCCGCUGCUUCAGCUGGUUGCCCCAUGAGAAGGUGGCUCUGUUCCUGCAGGCCACCCCGCACCGCGACAUCAGCCGCCGCAUCGCUGCCUUCCGCUAUGAGCUGCGGGGGGACUGGCUGGCACACCCGGCGCUGCCCGCCACCAGCCUCAGCGCAGAAGGGUCGUGCCGGCCGUGCAACGACACCGAGAUCCUGAUGGCCAUUUGCACUAGUGACUUCGUGAUCCGCGGCAGCAUCCGGAGCGUCUCCAACGACGCGGAGCUGCAGGAAUCCGUCAUUGGGGUGAGCGCCAUCCGCAUCCACCGUCAGAAGUUCCCCCUCUUCCAGGUGGGAGCCCGUCCAGGGCAGGCGGCGGGCAGCAUCCGCACGCCGCUGCGCUGCGGGGUCAAGCCGGGCCCCGGCACCUUCCUCUUCACGGGGUGGCUGCACUUCGGCGAAGCCUGGCUGAGCUGCGCUCCUCGCUACCGGGACUUCCAGCGCAUCUACGAGGGGGCACAGCGCACGCACCAGAACCCCUGCGAGUUCCCCAUGGACUGAGCAGCUCGGGGGGCGCAGCCUGGCCCCGUGGGUGCUGGGGGGCGCGGAGACCCUGGGGGGACGCAGCGGGGACGGUGCCCGGAGGGAGCUCAGCGCCGUCCUCGCCGCACAGCCUGGCUCCAGCAGCACCCACCGCCGGGCUGGGGGGGUCCUGGGAAAAUCCUGCUGGAAGGGAAGGGGUUGUCCCAGGAAGUGCUUAUCUGCGGUCCCCAGGGACCUGCCUGGGUGAGGGGGGCAGCGGCAGGGGAGGAUGGGACGGGGGCUCCCAGGGGAGCGGGGUGCUGCAUGCUCAGGGGAUGCUGUGGGGCACGGUGGGUCCAGCACGAUGGGGGCAACCAACCCUCUGCCCCAGGAGGGCUCAGUGGAGGGUGACCAUGGCAGUGGGUGGCUCUGGUGGCCAUGGUAAUGCGUGGCCAUGGUGGCCAUGGCAGUGGGUGGCUCUGGUGGCCAUGGUAAUGCGUGGCCAUGGUGGCCAUGGCUGUGGGUCGCCGUGAUGGCCAGGGCAGUGGGUAGAGGUUGGCUGUGGCUGUAGGUGGCUCUGGUAGCUAUGGCAAUAGGUGGCCACGAUAGCUAUGGCAGUGGGUGGAGGGAGGCCAUGGCUGUGAUGGCCAUGGCAGUGGGUGGCCAUGGUGGCCAUGACAGUGGGUGGCUGUGAUGGCCGUGGCAAUGGGUGGGUGUGGUGGCCAUGGCAAUGGGUGGUGGGAGGCCACGGCAGUGGGUGGCCAUAGUGGCCAUGACAGUGGGUAGUUCUUGAUGGCCAUGACAGCGGGUGGUUCUGAUGGCCAAUGGCAAUGGGUGGAGGGUGGCCAUGGCUGUGGUGUCCAUGGCAAUGGGUGGCCAUGAUAGCCCGGCCAGGGACACGGUGGGCUGUGUAAGGGCCAGGAGGUGGAUUUGCAAUGUGGGGGAUGGAAGGGGGAGUAGGGUGGCAGUGAGCCUUACCCUGACCCUGCCUGCAACAUAGGGCACGGGCAGGAGAAGUGGGGCCAAUGCUGAGGAAGAGGAGGGGCUGAAGGGACCAAGGCAGAUAGCGAGGCAAGAGGAAAGCUGGCGUAGGGAGCAGAGGUGCUCUUGGCACAGCCAGGGCAGGACCAAAGUGCUGGUGCAGGAAGGUGUGAUGGGAGCCGGGAGAAGUUGGGUACCACCCAUCACCAUGGCCUUGUGGCGGCUGCCAGGUCUCGCCUUGCCGAGUUGCCGAUGGCGGGGGAAAUUUUGACUGUGGGGGUGGGGGGCAUCAUAUGUGCACUAAAGU